CGCUAUAAACAGCAGUUCAGAAAUUGAGUUCCAACAAGCAGCACGUAAGAAAACACGAAAAUCAAAGCAGAACAACUUUUAAUUCAAUUUAACGCGUCUAUUUAAAAAAGUGAAAACAAAUAAAAUGAAAUAUUUCAUUGCAUUCGUUUUGGUUGCGGGCCUCUGCGCUCUUGCGCAGGCCCAAGAGCAGAGCUGCCAAGUAGACGUUCAGUCUGCUUGCGGACAGAGUGCCAACGGUGGUGUGGCAAAUUGUAAUGCGCGCUAUGCUGCCAUUGGACACCUGGAGCAUAAGAUGCAGGACUACAUCCACUUGCAGCUGAAGAAAUCAUAUGAAUAUCUGCUGAUGGCCACCCACUUCAACUCGUACCAGAUGAACCGCCCCGGCUUCCAGAAGCUCUAUCAGGGUCUCUCCGAUCGCGCUUUCGAUGAUACCAUUGCCCUCAUCAAGCAAGUGACUCGUCGUGGUGGCUCUGUCGACUUUAGCAAGCCCCAUCAGCAGGGUGUUGCCCAGCCCCCAGAGGUGCAUCUGAAUGAACUGGAGUCUCUGGCACGUGCUUUGGACAACGAGAAGGAGCUGACCAACGGCGCCAUUCAUGUGCACACCAGCGCCACCCACGGCACCACUGAGAACCGCAUCCACGAUCCCGAGAUGGCCCACUAUCUGCAGGAGAACUUCUUGAGCAAGCAGGCAGCAUCUGUCCGCACCCUCUCUGGCUAUGCCAACGAUCUGUCCAAGCUGGUGAGCGUGCGCGAGCCCGCCCUUUCGGUCUACCUGUUCGACGAGUAUCUGCAGAAGCAAUAAGCAGUUAUCUCCUCUCUAUCGCAACUCUUAUCAAAAUUCACUCAUCUGUUAAUUUGCUAGUAUUACAAAGAUACCAAAACGAAAAUAAACCCCCGAAACGCUGCGUUCUGUAAAUU